GGCCAGGGAAUAAAAGGAGAGCAGCAGCAGCAGCGGCCAAGCAUCGUGCAGAGGAGACCCCUGCAGCCACCCCAGCUCCAGCCCCAUUCACGGCUUCCUCAGCCCCUGCAGCACCAUGAAGGUCCCUGCAGUCGUCCUUGCCGUUCUGCUCCUCGUGGCCACCUGCUCACCAGCUGAGGCCCGUCUCGGUGACUCCAGCUUUGCUGCAUCCACCCGGAAGACAGACACCAUCCCCACCAUGUGCUGCUUCAGCUACAGGCACCGCCCCAUUCCGCGCAGAACCAUCGCCUCCACCUACACCACCAGCAGUAUCUGCCCCCUGCCCGCAGUGGUCCUCGUCACCAAGACGGGGCUGAAUGUGUGCGCGGACCCCCAGGCAUCCUGGGUGAAGGAGUAUGUGAAGCACUUCCAGAUGCAGAGGCACUGACCCUUCCUCACUACCAUCCCAGUGCAGUGGGCUCGGCACCCAGCACCAGAUGCACAACAGAAUGCUCGAGCUGCAUCCUUCUUCAAGGGGAAAACUUAUUCUGAUUGACGUAUAUUUGUUAAAUGAAAUUUUGUUUGCUAACAAAGUAAAAAUACAAAAAUGAUUUAAAGAUAUCAACAUGCUUGUUAAUGCGACAUCAAGAGUUUUGAUGCCUAAAUAAAGUCUUUGGAUUAUCAAA